CGGGAACCAGGCUAUCUAGCCGCACCCUAAAAAUGCGCAUGCGCAUGUAUUAAAUUGUUACAUUUUUGCUCUUCAUCAUGGCGGAAAUGAGUCCUGGAGAGUAGAUCUAAAAUAUUUUGAGAUAAAGCUGAACAAUGGAACACAGGGCGCAGCUUGAGAACAGGAAAUACAGGAACUGGGUGAGGGCAGGACUAGGCAUUAAAUACGUAAAAGAAGGUUUGGAACCAUUCUGUGACCACCUUGUCAACCAGCAGCAUAUUGCUAUCUUAGAUAAAGUCAAACAGAAACACAAUCUUUCUGCAGUGUCAUGUGGACUUUGCGAUGUACGCACACUUCAGCCUGACCAUGUCCAAACAAAAACUAGGCAGUGUCCUCUUGGUCAAAUGAACUGUAACUGCCAACAUCCCCGCGGGAAAAUUUCUUGUCCAAACAAGGUAUGUGGCGCCAUCUAUGAUGAAAUUAUUCAACUCCAUGCUUCAACCCCUCCAGCGCCAUACUGGAGAAACACCGAUGCAAAGCAGUGGUGUACUGAAUCGUGGGCUGUCGCAAAAUGUUUUAUAAAUGCGCCGGGAUAUGAACAGAAGAUAAGAGCAGUUGAGUUUGACCUUCCUGGCUUGUUGCAUGUGCUGCUUAACAACAUAGAUUUUCAGCAACACAUCAAGUGUGCAAUAACUGGUACAGAUGUUUUCUCAAGGGUACGCAUGUCUAGAAACGCUAUAUUUCAUUCUAAUAACAUGGAACUAGACGACACUGAUGUUAAAUCUUACAUAGAUGAUAUGAUAGAACUGUUGGAAGAUGAAAUGGAAAUUAAACACAGACAAGAAUCUGUCACUGCGGUCAAAAAUCUUCAAGAGCUAAAGCAGGAAGAUUUUAUCAUAUCAACUACAGACGAGGCCGAAAUCCGUCGUGUUGCCAUGGCUGCAAUCAACGAGAAAGAAAGAGAACUUAAACAAACAAUAGAAGAUGCAACAAAUGAACUAAGAACAAAAGCUACUGAAGGCAAACGCAAGCUUGGAGGGAAAGGUUUAGUUAUUAAAUCUGAACUCGAGCAGAAAAGGAAGAAAAUAAAACAGGAGAUGAUGAUGAAAAAAGCUGAACUCGAACAGACAGGAGAGAACAUCAAAAAGGAAUUGACGAUGAGAGAAGAUGAGUCAAAAAAGAAACUUGAAAAGAAAGGAAAAAACAUAGAAAAACAGCUGACAAAAAAACGGGUAGAAACAGAAGAAAAACUAGAGCAUAAACUUCAAGAAUCAAAAGCGCAGUUAGAGAGUCACAAAAACGUGAUUGAAAGUUCAAUGACGAGUACCGCUGAGACUAAUAAAGAAGCAGAGACUAGCAAGAAAAAAGCAGGGGGGAAGUAAAUCUAAAGAUAAAAUACCAUAUUGAAAGAUGAUCAU